GUGAGGUCUUGGCAUGUUUCUUCUCUCUUUCCCCGCAAAGUCCGCGGUUUCCCUUCGAUAAAUUUAUCGACGAAGCUGUUUUUGUUGCUUCAGGCGCAUACGACAUUACGCAUUACAACAAGCUUCCUGUCGCUACUUGUUCAAUCAAAUAGCUCUGCAAUACCUGGAACUUAUCAAGUGACAGCACACACCACCACUCCACCCACAAGUGAGAGUACAAAGACGACAAGAUGGCACCCAGAGGUGGAACGGCCAGAGCUCGAGGAACGGGCUCAAGAGGAGGAAGAGGUGGUAGGGGAGGACAAGGAGGUGCAGCAGCUGCAACAACAGCCGACUCUACGCCAACGGAACAAUCGUCAACCGACGCAGCACCAGUUCCGGAAUCAUCAACACCAGCACCAAUCGCUCAAAUGACAGCAGCUCCUGUCGCAAAUAUGGCACCCGAAGCCUCUGCCUCUUCCUCGACCCCAGCACCUGCACCAGCAGCUCCUACAGCAGCACCAAUCAAACGUGUCGCUUCAGUCCGCCGUGGAGGCGCCUCAGCUUCACCCGCACCCUCAGCAUCCCGCGGAAAGAAACCAGUCGUCCCUGCACCAAAAGCCGUCAGAAGAAGCAAAGAAGACAGAGAAGCCAUUGCCAAAGAAGUGAAUGCCAAAAAAGCAGAGGAAGCAAGAGCUGCACUCAGGGAAGCCAAGAGAGCUGGGCGAGGAAGAGGUGAUCGUGGAAGAGGCAGAGGUGGUGGUAAAGCAAGAGGUGGUUUCAUGGGUGAUAGCGAGAGGACUAUCAGAGACGUUGUUGCCAGUGGUCCUUUCUCUGCCGGCCAAGUUGCUGCUGAUGCUGGAUACCGCGGAGGAGCAAGACGAGGAUUUGGAGGCGGCGGUGGAGGAGGUGGUGGUGGUGGUUACGGAGGAGGAAGUGGCGGAGGUGGUGGCGGCGGCGGCAGUGGAGGUGGUCCUCGCAUCAAGAGUGAGGGAGGUCCAUCAUACGGCGGUGUCACUGUUGAGGACGGCGGCUACAUUUCCUCGGACCUGGAUGAAGCAGACGAAGGACCUCGCAAAGACAUCGACUUUAUCAACCUUGCCGACGACGAUGAUGAGGAUACAUCAGCCACAAACGCCAACAUGGCACCCAUCCGUGUCAACCGCGUUGAACAUCGCGAACGAGAGAAGCCUGUGGCCUCAGACGCAACAAAAUCAAAAGCAGCCAUCGAACGAAAAGCCUCUAUUGUUGAGGCCCAAGCAGAAGGCGAUAUCACAAUGACAGACCGUCCAGCAUCACCAGAAGUCACCCGCGGCAAACAACGCGCAAAGGAAGUCCAAGUCGUUCGCACAGAACGCAAAUGGAAGGGAGCCUGGGAAGACAGCUCCGACGACGACCUAGAAAUUAAGCCCGAACCUACAGACGACUCUUCCAUAACAGCCGCUCCCAUCACCACGGAAGACGGCACUGUCAUCAAAGAAUCGGCUUCUCCAGAGACAAGACGUAAGAGUAAAGGAAAAGCCGCGGCCAGAAAACAUGGUCUACCCACUGAAGCACCAGCCCUUCAAACACAAGAAGAAAGACGCGAGUGGGAACGCCACCACUUGGAUCUGGAAAUCUUACGCCAGGAAUUGGGUGAAAUUACCCUCCCUUCUUCCACUCCCGCCGUGGUACCACCUGCCCAAACAGACGUCGAAGGCGAUGUGAAAAUGGCAGAAGAAGCAGAUUUAACAGAAGGCGCCGAAGCUUCUUCAUCCCUGCCCACAGCCCCUCAAACAUCAACCCAACCACCACCGGACCGCCGCACCGAUCGCGUCUACCUCUUCCAAUUCCCACCUAUCCUCCCUGCUCUAACGCCAGAGACUGUAAAACCUGAACCAGUUUCUCCAACACUAUCGAAGAAAACUCCUGUAUCCACACAAGCGACAGCCAUAGACGUGGACGCCACUUCCUCGAAACAAAAACCUGCAACGGCGAUCCCGGAAUCCGCGGGUCAGCUCCAUACACCUUUCCCAACAGGUCUUGUCGGUAAACUUCGUGUUCACGCUUCCGGCCGCACUACACUGGACUGGGGAGGUACUUCUCUGCAAGUGGGAAUGGGUACGGAUGUGCAGUUCCUUCAAGAUGCAGUUGUUGCGAAAUUCAAUGAUAAACCUGAUGUGGAUGGUAAAGGCAAGGGUAAGGAAGAGGAGCACGACGAGGGUAAAUUUGGUGGUGAGGUUAUGGGAUUGGGUCAGGUCAGGGGUAAGUUUGUCGUUACGCCUGAUUGGGAGGAGAUUGUGGGUGUGAGGAUUUGA